AGACUUUUCAGCGCAGGGCAGUAGACCUGUCUCACGUCGUGCCAUGGCAGAUGUUGGCGCGCCAGCCGUGCGCCAGGCAGAUGGCAAGGAUGGAGACGACCAGGUCGAGACCGACGACGCGGACCCCGUGGCGGGUCCGCGGGACCCGGGCGAGGUCGGCAUAGCGUUGGAGGUCGAGACACCACGCCCCAAGAUGACGAAGGCACUUUCGGAGCGCACCUCCUAUACCCGGCGCUCAGUCGUGACGAAUGAGUUUCGGGUGAAUAUGGUGAAUGUACAUGCAGAUUUUCACAAGGUCGACAAGGUCGUUGAACCUCGAUUUGGCGGCUGGAGGGACCAGGUCCACUACGUGCUAGAGAGUCAUCGCAUGGUGAAUCUGAUGACUUUGACCAUUUUGGUGGAUGCCAUAUGCGCUUUGAUCGCCACAGAUGCGCGGGCCAUGCACGUUCAUCCACCGCUCUACAUCGAUUUCCUCUCGGAAGCGUGCUUAGGGGUUUACACCCUGGAGUUGGUCGCAAUCUUUGCCCUGCAUGGCAAGAAAGCCCUAGAAAGUAGAGCCGUGCUCUUCGAUAUCUUCACCAUUUCUUGUAGCUACUUGGAUUGCAUCUUCCAGCUGUUCGACGCUUUCGGCCACACCUUGCCUCACGAAUUCCUUUUUCUCCGCGACUUGCGGCUGUUGCGCGUGAUCCGGGUGAUGCGCGUGGCGCGCAUCAUCCAGCGGAUGCAGUCCUUGAAGGAGCUCCGGAAACUGGUGUCAAUGAUGGCAACCUGCAUGAAGACCCUAGGUUGGUCCUUUGCCUUUUGCUUCGCCUUCAUGACCUUUUGGGCCAUGAUGCUGGUUGAAUUCGUACACCCCUUGCUGGUGCAGAUGCAGCAGGAUAAGAUCUUGGACUGUCCAGACUGUGUGAAGUCCACUUCGUCCAUUAUGGAUGCAAACCUCUUGUUGUUCAAGACGGUCAUUGCUGGCGACGCGUGGGGACGGGUUGCUGUGCCCGUGAUCGAGUAUGUCCCACUAACGGCGAUCGUGUUCUGCGGCUCGCUCAUGACCACCGUGUUCGGAGUUUUGAACAUGGUCAUUGCAGUUGUAGUGGAUUCUUUCGCGGAAACUCGCCAGAAGGAUGUGCUGAACCUGGCGCAAGAGCUGGAGUAUGAGCAUGAGAAAGACAAGAAGAGGGUGGAGAAUAUGUUCAACCGUUUGGACGUCGAGGACAAAGGUGAUUUGACCUUGCAAGAUUUGGUGAAGGGAGCUCAGACCGAUCCAGAGUUUCAGUCUCGCCUGCGGGUCAUGGAUAUCGACCAAGCGGACUUGCAGCAACUCUUUGAAAUGAUUGACGCGGAUGGUUCGGGAGCCAUCAGCAAGGAGGAGUUCAUCCGGCCACUCACGCGGUGGAUCCACGAGUCCAAGACGGCGCCACGCUUUGUGAAGUACAACGUGGAUCGCAGCUUGCAGGCUCAGGAAGAGAUCUUGAAGCAAAGCCAGGAGCAGUUCUGCAUCUUGGCCUCUCGCUUGGAUGAGCUGUGCCAGGAGUUAUUGCCCAAGACCAACCUUGUAGAUUGGCAAUCCUCCAUUCAGUUGGCCCCGGACUACAUCCCUCGCAGUAUCAUGGCGCCACCCAAAACACUGAGCAGGGCAGCGAAUCCUCUCGAGGCAGCGAAUCCUCUCGAGGCAGCGAAUCCUCUCGAGGUGUUGGAAGCCUCCAUGGAGGAUGUGGAACAGCCUAAGGAUUCCAUGAGUCCGACACUUGAAAGACCUUUUUUGUGGAACGGUGACCACCGGCCUGGUGAAUUCGGACGGGAAUGGUGCUGAAGGCCUGACCCUUUGGCUCCAUGAAUAGUUCCAAUAGACAUUCACAUGUCGUGUUUUGGAACGGCAUCCGCGAGGCCCCAAGGGGGUGUGAAAUGAACGGAGCUCUUGACGCCCACUGGGUGCUGGCACAUCCGAUCCCGGUCGAAGGGAGCCUGGAAGCAUUCUGAUUUGAUUGACGACGUGACACGUGGCUUACCGCAGUGCAAUGCCCAUUUUCUGUGAAUCCUCCACAUAUACCAGGUACUGUAUCGAGACCUGAAUACACCUGGUAGAGAUGGUGGGAAAAGCCAAGUCUGCAAAUAUGUUUUGCCGGUUGGCAGGGCGUAUUUGCUUCGCGAGGGAUGCAUGUGUUGGAAUUGAGUUUAUGUGUGCUGGUUGCUAUACCAGAGUUUUGUCAUCUCUGGGUGUUUGCUGUUUCAUGCUGCCUUACUUUGGAUACCUGCUACUGAAAGCUGUG